CCCAACACCAUUCACGAGCACUCUCGCACUUACGUACGACAAACAAAAAUAUUAGUAUCUUAUUUCGAUUUUCGAAGACAUUUUGCGGUUGCGGGGCAAUGCUGUUCGGCGUGUAAACAUUUAUCACAAAUGUUAUUGGACGGUCGAUGCUUUUUACGAUAGGAACCUUCAUGGAACUUUUCGCUGGCUUCUAGACGAGGCUGCCUGUCUUCAAUCCCUCAACAGGCGCUCCUCCUCGACGGAGAUCCUACUAGGACCACAUCUAUCAAACUUCUCAAUAGGAUUUCAUAAUAGUUUCGUCUUUUCGCAUAAUAAUCUUUCGAAUUUGUGGCGGGAGUGUGGUGAUAACGUAUAGCGAUUGUAACAACGAGGAUAACUUAAUUGGAUUGGUAAUAUACUUUUCUUUCGAACUGUCAGUGUGCAUAUGCGAAUCCAUCAGCCUUUGCCGAGAGAAUUAUUACCUUCUCAUUUUGCCGCGAAGACCAAUGGCUAUAAACGUGGCUAGACUUUUGACAACAGAACAACAAUCCUUCGAAUUCUUCUUCUAAAGCUGUUGUAAAUCAAGAACUACUGAGAGUUCUAUACAUUUCUGACGGAUCUUUCAAUACAUGAACGUGUUCUAAGUCGAGUUCACAACUUGUUAUUUAUACGCCAUUCUAUACAGUAAAGAGAAGUGAUCACAACAAUAAUUUGACUGACUUCUCAUGCAUCUUCAUUGAAGAACACACGUUAAAUCAUGGCUGUGUAUUCAUAACUGAUUUCCCAAAGGCCUCAAAGAUAACAAUUAAAGCAGAGUGGGCAACCAUAUAUUUUCACGCCUCGUACUCAUAUUUAAAAUAAACUUUGAUACAAAAUCGAAUCGAAUAGAUUCGAGCGCACUUACUUACCUGGUGACCCGACAGUAAACAGGCGAAGGAAAAUCGACCACAGAUCAUUGGUCGUCGGCUGAGUUAAACUACCAGUAACUUGAAGGACAUACAACCAGUAAGUUCUGAGUAGUUACUUUACUUUCCGUGUGGUUUUUUACGUAGGCACCGCGACCAUGCUGAAGACAACUCGCUCUCAAGAUAUCUUCUCCGAUAUUCGGCAGCACGAUCAUCUUAAAGAAACGACCUUGGAACCAAAUAGCAAACUGGAUUUCGUCAAUGCCGUGGAUUUAAGUGUAUGCGCUACUCUCAAGAAGGGACACUUCAAUUUGAUCAGGUUCCUCUUGGAUUUAGGGGCUGAUCCUGAUGAGCAGGAUUCGAGCGGUAAGACCGCAUUGAGUCUGUGUGCCUUUGUUCAAGAGGAGAACUGGGGAGUUGGUCUCGCUCGGACUUUCAUCGAAAAGGGCGCUAGGAUCGGUCUCCGAGAUGGUCUUGGGUUAAGUGCAGUCCACUACGCCUGUAUUUACGGCCGGGUCAAACUCAUGACUGUUUUUCUGAAUGCAAUAGAUUUUGAUUUAAACCAAGGUGAUCGAUUGCGGCAUACUCCUUUGUUUUACGCCUCCAGGUAUGGAAACAUUGAACUGAUAAAGUUAUUAGUGAGUUGUCUUAAGAAAUUUGACUUGACAGUUGAUAAACCGAACAAAUAUGGUGUGACACCUCUUAUGGAGGCUUGGAAGCGUGGUCACUUUGAAUGUGGUGAUAUUCUAGUAUCGGAAGGGGGUGCAGAUGAGGAAAUACAAGACAAUGUCCAAUUUAAGACAGCUAAGGAAUGGCGAAACACUACCGAGAGAAGGAUCGAGAAAGAACGCGCCAUGUCGGCCAGGGUACGGAGUAGUUUUCUAAGAGGUAAAUACAACCACUUGGAGAAGCGACUGAAGCGCCCCGCCACUGCAAUGCGGGCGCUGCUAGAAUCACAGCGGAAGCGGGCCGGCGUCUUACCGAUGGAGCCCGAUAACUCGAAACUCAUCCGUCGCGCGAAGGAUCAUGACACGCGAAACGAUCCCGAGUAUGCCUUGAAUCUGACUCCUGUGGACUGCUUUGUUGUUGACAAAUACAACCAACCGUCAUAUACUGCCUUCCCUUAUUCAGGAUACGGUGAACCACCUGGGGUAACAUGGCGAAAAGAGUUCAAGAUACUCUACAAGGAAUUUGGCGUUCAGUGCUCACCGAGUUAUCGCGAUCCGCCAAAGUCUGCCUCAGGGAACCAAUCAGAAACUGACUAUGACCGUCCAACGUCUCCGUCUGUUUCCGACAGCACCAGCUUCUCCGACAAAGCAAGUGUCCGCAGUUUCGGAAGGCACGGUCGCCGUGGCAGCUUAAGCUUGGCAGCUAAGAUGGCCAGUUUACUGGAGACGGGGAAGGAAUCUAAACGUGGCCAGAAGGGUGACGCAGAAAAGCACGGGCGUGAGAAUGCCGCGGCGGGGAAACGCAAACUUCCCAAUCUGUCAUCUUCCGUUUUUACCAAGGAUAAACUGGAGCCGGUUACGGGUAGCAAUGAGUCUCUGAUUAGUUUCAAGAAAAGUUUGGACUCUAAGGAAUCUUUCGGUUCGAGAUUUCGUGAUGUCAGCAUGGACGGUGGCAAGUCACUGCGGCCGGCGAGUCGGACUGGAUUUCAUGCAUCAGCUAAGUCUCGGGCAGAAAACUGAAUCGAUUGCUGAGUGCAGCACUAUAAGCUUCACUCACCACUGAGCCGUCUGAUCUCUUACUGGGAAAGCCAUUACUUUUUCCAAAGGUUCCGACUUGUUGGGGGAAAAGUCGUAUAGUGUCGGGCUGUUGACGGAGAAACUAUGGAAGAAGUCGGAGAAACGAGUAAGACGAGAACUGAGUGCCCGAUGUUAUAAUGAUUUGAUCAGGAUAGAUCGAGACACUACCUCAGGCCAAUAGUUUUGCUCCAAUUCAAUAUAAAAAUGUUUUGUUUCUAACCAUAUCAAUUUGCCAUCAAAAGUGUGCCCCUGCUUACAUAGGCUGUCUUGUUGGCAAGUUGUUACUGACCGUCCUCCGUAUGGUGAAGUGAUUGAUUUAAGUCAUGGUCAACGUAACACUGUGACUAUGUACUUUCGUGUCGAAAUGUGCAAUGAACUGUAUGAAUCGACUGCUGGAAGCAAGUCUGUUGUUCUUUUAAAACCAAAACUGUUAAUGCACGGCCAACAACUUCUACUGAUCUAUGGUGUAACGUUCGACAGGACCUUUUAGUCGAUGUGCCAAAGGUAUGUUCUAAUUGUAUCAUUUUUUGAAAGACGCACUUGCACUUCGUUCAUUAUGAACUUGUCACCUGCUUGGAAUAUGAAAAAAAACAGAAGAUAUACUACACUUAUCAUGCACUCAAAUGCGAGUGAAACUUGGCACGCAUGGUAGGCUACUGUGAUAAUUUACAACACCACGGCAUAGUUGAAAGUGAUUUUCCGUACGUAUUUUAUGACUGGAAAUUCACAAAUUUAGAUUCAAAUUUCAAAUUUUGAGCGGACGAACUUGAUCAUUAAGCUACCCAACCAAUAUCAUAGCAUGUUCAAAAGUUAAAUUUGUAUACCCGGGAUUGAAUAUAUAGCACUAAUAAAUCAUUCGCUUCAACCGUGGCUUUUCAAAGCUUUGUGCAAGGUUAUGACAGAAAUAUCAUUCAAAUUCAGACAGCGAUAUGAAUUGCCUUUAUUGGAGACUAUUGACGACAUGUAUUUGAAUGGGUUUAAUAAGACCCGGUCCUGAAUUUCCUUCAGCAUUGUACUGACAGUUAAUUAGCCGGUUUACUUUAGAGCUAUCGGCUAAUGAAAGGAUCCGUAUCCCCCCGUUGAAAUAUUCCACAAAAAUUCAUUUCGUGGGCGUUGAAAAUGAACCAAACUUUUUCUUUCAACAAGGGGCCUGGCGGAGCACAAUGACCGUUUUUUUGUGAUGGAAUACAAACCCUUAGGCCUAUCAUUGCUGGUGGGUAGGCCUAAUACACGGAGAGCGAUUCCGUGGUGAAGCAUAAUAUUCAUUUGUUCCAAAUGGGUCUUUUGAGGACAAAGUCACAACCAGAUUGUGAGGAUAGUUCACGACAAGUUCACUUUAAUCAUAAAAGCAACGGACUCGUUUUGUUGACAUGAGCGUACGGAGACGAAAUGUUCCUUCGGAUUACUGAUGGUGGUAGGCGGUGACGUCACGCCGGUUUACGUUGUUGGAAAACAAACAUGUGACUCCAUCAAGGCCGCAAAUUCCUCAGUACAUUUUCCCCGAUGGAUUUUAUCCCCGCAGAGAGGAAACACUGGAAUUAUUGUUGAAAUAUUCUGGUACUCUUGAAGAAGUACGGAGAGGGAACUACGAUCUCGGAGCCUUGUAUGUCAUGAUGAUCAUUGGUCGACUGUAUUUUCGAAAAUACAUAGCCUUCGAAAAGUCGAAAGUUUGAUUAGUUCGUGAAAGAUUAAGGAAAUAAAAAAGGUGUGUUUAGA